AUUUUUGGCUUCCCUUUAUUUUCUGCAGAUAGCGACUCUAAUGAUUGCGAGACGGAACCAUCUUCUAUGCCAUCUCAUAUUGAGACCAUACCAGUAAUGCCUACUUCAAAGCAAGAUUUAAAACAUUCCUUACCUUUUGUUGUAAAGCUGCAGAGCCAACGGAUGAUUCAGCAGGAAGUUUGUGAAUCAUACUUAAGCGAGGAGCUUCAUGACCAUCUAAUCAAUCAAGAAGCCCCACUAGAUACCAAACAAUGCUCUAAGCGAGUGUUUAAAGGGGAGCUAAAUAAAAAGAUGGUCCUAAUAGAGGGGGAUUGCGAGGAUGAUAUUAAUGAAAGUUACGAGGACAAUGAUGGAACCGAAGCUGAUAAAUGUUGGCCCUCAUUGGCUCAUUCACUGGGUGCGAUAUUGGCGCAAGCCGUUUAUUGCCUUACCGGUGGUUUUUCCGUUCCCACCCUAGCUGGAAACGGUGGAGCCUCAUUAGCCCUAAUUGAUCGUCUCCUUCAGCCAAUUAUCUGCAGGAAAACCACAGAUGCGGCUUCCUUUGAAACAGGAAGCUCAGAAAAGCCACAUUCGCACACAACUUAUUCUUCUGAAACUUGUCUCAAUGAACCUCAUAGUUCCUCUGAUAUUCCGGAGGCAUCUCGACCAGAUAGCGUUUCUAGAAUACCUAUGACUGAGCGCCUUGUUGAUCCGUCUUUCCGUCAUAGCUGUCUUGCAAAAGCAAGCUAUGCUUUGUGGACUAGCUCUUUAUCUACUUUCUAUUCCAAUGUUCAGCGUCACCAUGCUCUUUCUACCCUUGGACCCUCCAAUGGCUGCCAAAUAUCAGGCCCAGUUUGGUGGGCGACUGAGUCCAAGAAGGGCAGUGGUACUUCGACGUCAUCUUCCAGUGCAUCUUUGGCGAUGACGAAUUCUAUAAAUAAACUUGGCGUCUGUGACGAUGUUGAGAAGCAGAAAAACAAGGAAAUUGGAUCGAAUAGCAAGCCAGAUGAAACGAAGGAUGAGAAAAAAAUAUGCAGUAGCACCGUCGAUGCUGAUGAACGAAACGAUCCCGCUAACUAUAAAAAGAAGCAAAACAAAAAGAAGGAUAUUGAAUCAGAAGAAUCAUACCGGAAUCGAGUUAGCUUAUUCGACAUUUGA